AUGGUCAAACUGCAAUAUCUUCUGUCAAUUCUUCUAUACGCUUACAGCUGCACUGCCCUAAUGUUGGACCGACGUGAUCCAACGCCUGGGCAGUUGUCGCAGGUUACGGAUUUUGGCGACAAUCCUACAAACGUGGGCUUCUACAUUUACGUGCCGCAGAAUCUGGCGUCUAACCCUGCAAUAAUUGUGGCGAUCCACUACUGCACUGGAACCGCCCAGGCAUACUACUCCGGAACCCCCUACGCGCAGUAUGCAGAGACCUACGGCUUCAUCGUCAUCUACCCGGAAAGCCCUUACUCAGGCACCUGCUGGGAUGUCAGCUCGCAGUCAACUCUAACCCACAAUGGAGGCGGCAACAGCAACUCCAUUGCAAACAUGGUAGACUGGACAAUUAACCAGUACAAUGCAGACGCAAGCCGUGUCUAUGUCACUGGAACCAGCUCAGGUGCAAUGAUGACACCCCAGAACGUAAUGGCAGCAACAUACCCCAAUCUCUUCGCAGCAGGCAUUGCAUACGCUGGCGUCCCAGCUGGAUGCUUCUACUCGGAAGCCAACGUCGAAGACCAAUGGAACAGCACCUGCGCACAGGGCCAGUCAAUCAGCACACCCGAGCACUGGGCACAAAUCGCACAGGCGAUGUACUCCGGCUAUGAGGGAUCCCGGCCAAAGAUGCAGAUCUACCACGGCAGCGCCGACGCAACUCUCUACCCGCAGAACUACUACGAGACAUGCAAGCAGUGGGCCGGUGUCUUUGGGUACAACUAUGAUAGCCCACAGGAGGUGCAGAACGAUACGCCGGUGGCCGGCUGGGCCAAGACUAUUUGGGGCGAGAAUUUACAGGGCAUAUUGGCUGAUGGCGUCGGUCAUAAUAUCCAGAUCCAGGGGGAGGAGGACCUGAAGUGGUUUGGCUUCACUAGCUGA